AUGGUUAAAUAAUAAGACCAUAAUGAAAAUAAAGAUAGAGAGGGUUAUGGUGAUAUUGGAUAUAAAACUUAGUUAUAGAUUAAUUACUAUAAUGGAAAAUAGCCAAAAAAGAUGGAUAUAGAGAACUUACUUGAAUUUACAAAGGAUAGUAACCAUAUGGUUAACAAAAUAAUGAAAGAACAGAAUUUAUGGAUCUGGAAUGGAAAAUGA